UCGCGAGGCAUUAAAAAAAUGGUCAUUGUAUGAUAGUUAUUGAAAGACAAAAGUAGCGAUCUCAUACGGCAACUUCAAGAAAAUGGCUACCUCCAAUGACGAGUCCGUUCCACUGUUAAACAGCAACAGCAAAAAAAACUCGACUCAAACCGAGAUCAAAAUCAGACGUCAACGCCCAGAGAAACAUUCAUCAAAGACUUUCUUAGCAUUAUGCAUUCUGGUAACAGAGCUAUGUGAGAGAAUGACUUUUUAUGGCAUAUCUGCAAAUCUUGUGCCAUUUUGUCAAAAUGUCCUGGGAAUGAAAGGAGCCUUACCUUCAACAGUAAAUUAUGUUUUCCUAGGAAGUUGCCUCUUCAUUCCUGUUUUUGGUGGCUGGUUAGCAGAUAAAUACAUGGGUCGUUUCAAUGUAAUAUAUGGGUUUUGCUUAAUUUAUUUUGUUGGAACACUGUUAUUAUCUGUUGUUGGCAUUGAAGAUGCCACUCUUAAAAAAUCCACAAAUGGAAGCUACUUGGGACAGAAAUCCAAAAUUGCAUACUUUGUUUUAUCACUGGUGUUUCUUGCUUUUGGAACUGGAGGCAUUAAAGCCAAUGUAUCCCCAUUUGGGGCAGACCAAGUUAAAGAUCAAGGCCCAGAGGCAGUUGAGAAAUUUUUCAAAAAAAACUACUGGUUCAUCAACAUUGGGGCUUUAGUUUCCUACACCUUAAUUGUCUAUAAAAAAAAAAACGUGAGCUUCUCUUACGGCUUUAUCAUAACAGCUGGUUCAAUGUUUCUAAAAAAAAUUGCAUUUUGUAUUAGUCGAAACAAAUACAUAGUGGAACCCCCAGGAGGAAGCAUACUGGGCGAUACAUUUAAAGUUAUUUGGACAGCCAUGAAGAGGACACUAAGAAAAAAAAAAAGACCUWUUCYACRGAUCAAGGGMGAGAGUUGGUUGGACAGAGCCAAGGAAACCAGGGGAGGGCACUUCUCAAAUGGUCUAGUGGAAGAUGUCAAAACCUUUCUGAGAGUAAAAAAAAAAUUUGCAUUUUUUAUAAUUUACUGGGCACUUUACUCACAGGUGAAUACUCAUUUAUUAUAUAGAUUAAUGUAUGCAAUACACUUUAUCACGUUUUCUUUAAAUGUCAAGACAAAAAAAUAUUCUCACCAUUAUCUGAUCCAAGCCGAGUACAUGAAGAUAAAGUUUGGUAUCAAUUUUCCUGCUGCCUCUCUGUCCAUCUUUGACAUUGUUGUUAUCCUCAUUGUCAUUCCUAUCAUGGACAAAGUUGUUUAUCCUCUUCUCCGGUACAGUGGUUUUAACUUCACCCUGUUGCGCCGUAUUGGCCUGGGCAUGCUCGUUGCUGCCUCAUCUCUCGCAGUGGCAGGAUGGGUGGAGAUAAAACGACGAGAGAGAUUUCAAAGUGGACAUACUGUUGUGCAGACACUGUUUCAUAAGAAUGUAACUGCAUCUGAUAUGUCAGUUUUCUACCAAGCCCCACAGUUUCUGCUUAUUGGAAAAAAAAAGGUGUUUACUUCAACCACAGGUAAUGAGUUUGCAUAUUCGCAAGCCCCUAGACAUCUUAAAGGACUUGUAAUGGGUCUUAAUUUGAUCACUGGUGGUCUUGGCAACUAUUUAUCUGGUGCUUUGGCAAAUAUCGUAAAAAAAGCCAAUCCAAAGUGGUUUCCAGCUGACAAUCCUAACAAUGGCUACUUAGAAAACUUUUUCUUCCUAAUGGCUGGAUUAAUGGUGUUGAAUUUCUUUCUAUUUCUUAUUGUUAAAAAAAAAUAUCAAUAUGUUGAUGAUAGUAUGACACCAGAAGAGAGUCAGCCACUAAAUUUAGAGAUAAGUAGCACCUAACCAUACUACCAAUCAGUAGUAAAUUAUCGAUUAAAACAAAAAAAUAUUAAAGUACUCAAACUGCUACAAUCAUAUGCUAAAUAAACAGAACACCAUGCCCCCUUUCCCCACUGCAAGGUUGUUCACUCGUUCCUUUCGCCUACUUGUCGAUUUUGUAGCAUUUUAUUGACGAACAACAUUGUAAAAGGGGAGGGGAGAUUGUAGUAACACAAUCACAGACAGUGUUUCACACAAUUUUGUAAACGAUUCUAGGUCUCAUGUUAUGAGACUGAAAUUAGUAUACAUAGUUGAAGUAUUAUAUAAGAUAAUUUAUGUGUGAAUUUAUGAAUCAAAAAAAAAAAGAAGCUAUUAUUAAGACUAUAUAGUAAGUAUAUAGGUUUUUAUAUUUCAAUUUACAGUGUGCACAAAUAAAAAUUAUAAAAUUAUAUAUUCUAUAUAUUCAACAACACAAAAAAAAUUAACAUUUUUUAUUCACACCAAAUGCAAGUUGAGUAAAAUACAUUUUAGGCAUUUGUCUUUUGUUAUAUAACUAGAGUCAAUGUUUUAAGUGAGGGGUUUUAUUAGAGUGGUUUUCCAUCAACCAUGAAAGCACAGUAAGUCUAAUACUAGUUAGUAGUAGUUUGUAAUAGACCAAUACUAAUAGUCUAGGUUGUAUCCGAUUGAUAGGUAUAAACAUAUUCAUCAUAAAAAAAAUUUUUUUAUGUUAAUUUUAGUGGUUAGCUAUUUGUCUAUAGCUAUAUGUCUAAAAAAAAAAUUGACUAUUACUAAUUGCUACUAACUAGUUGGUCUAUUUCUUUUCAUGGUUGACGGAAAACCACUCUUACUAAUAAAAAAUGGAUUACUAA